UGACGUCAGAGGCGGGCGCCACACUUGAGAGCGGGAGGCGGGGGUGGUGGCCGUUCUGUUAUGGAGCUAGUGCAGGAAGCGCGGGAAUUGGGUCGCUGGGCGGCCGAAGAGAUGGGGAUGCCCGCUGUAGCCCAGGCCCCGGAGUCGACGCUGCGCAGGCUGUGUCUGGGCCAGGGGGCUGACAUCUGGGCCUACAUCUUGCAGCAUGUGCACAGUCAGAGGAAUGUCAAGAAGAUUCGGGGAAAUCUACUCUGGUAUGGCCACCAGGACAGUCCAGAGGUCCGUCGGAAGUUGGAGCUGGAAACCACUGUGUCCCGCCUAAGGGCAGAGAUCCAAGAGUUAGACCAGAGCCUGGAGCUGAUGGAGCAAGAGAAUGAAACUCAGGACGUGGCCACAGAACAGUCACUGCAGAGCAUUCGAGACACCCAGUAUCGAGCUCUUCUCCUCCGGGCCCAAGCUGGAGCUGUUCGAAGACAGCAUCAUGGGCUCCGAGAUCCCAUGAAGUGGCUACAGAAUCAGCUCAAGCACCUGCAGGACAUAGAGAGGAAGGCCAAAGUUGAUGUGACCUUUGGAUCUCUGACGUCAGCAGCCCUGGCCCUGGAGCCUGUGGUCCUGCGUGAUGUCCGAAUGUCCUGCACCCUCCGGGCCCAGUUCCUACAGAACCUCUUGGUGCCCGAAGCCAGGGAAGGCAGUUCCCCAAGCCCCCAUGAUGACCACUUUGGAACUUCUUACCAGCAGUGGCUUAGCUCAGUAGAGACACUGCUGACAAAUCACCCCCCAGGCCACGUCCUGGCUGCCCUGGAGUACCUGGCUGCAGAGCGGGAGGCGGAGAUCCGGUCCCUGUGUGGUGGGGAUGGGGUCAGAGACAUGGAGAAAUCCAGGUGUGGAGUGACAUGUUCCAAGUCAGGGAAGGCCUGUGGGCCCCAGGCCCUGGCCCCAGCAGACUCCAGCCAAGCCCUGCCAUCCUUGGUGCAUCUCAUCCAGGAGGGCUGGCGGGCUGUGGGUGCACUGGUCACCCAGCGAGGAGCCCUUCUGAAGGAGCGUCAGGUCCUGACUGGCCAUCUCCAGGGCCUGGUGGAGGAGGUGGAGAGACACAGCAUGGGACCCAGAGAGAAGAAGGCACUAAUGCUGGGCCUUCAAGGCUGUGGCCUGCGGGCAGAGCUCAAAGCCUUGUGUUCCCAGAGCCAGGAGCUAGAAGACGCAUCUGGGCAUCAGCAGCUCCUCCUCCGAGAGCUGCAGGCCAAGCAGCAGCGAAUUCUGCACUGGCGGCAGCGGGUGGGGAAGACCCAGGAGCAGAUUCGCCUACUCAUCAAGGGAAACUCAGCCAGCAAGACACGCCUGGGCCGGAGCCCUGGGGAGGUGCUGGCUCUGGUUCAGCAAAAGGUGAUCCCUACCUCUGAGGCAGUGGCACCACAGAGCCAAGAGCUGCUGCACUGCCUGGAAGAGGGAGCCCGGCACCUGCCUCACAUUCUCCUGAGCACCCUGCUACGGCACAACCCUGAAGGGUUGAAGUCCCUGCCCACACUCCUACCAUCCAUCCACCAGUUGCACCCUGCAUCCCCCAAGGGCUCCAGCCUGAUAGCAUUGAGCCACACACUGGGGCUGCGUGCAGGGAAGGGCCCAGAGCUGCUUCUCCCAAAGGCUGCCUCUCUUCACCAGGACCUUUGGUUCCUCCAGGACCAGCAGAGUCUCUGGUGCAGGGAUCUGCUUCACAUGAAGACCAGUCUACCACAGGGACCAUCCACACAGGAGCUGCUGCAGAUCCAGGCAUCCCAGGAAAAGGAGCAAAAGGAGAGCCUGGGGCAGGCUCUAAAGAGGCUGGAGAACAUGCUGAAACAGGCGCUGGAACGCAUCCCUGAACUGCAGGAGGUUGUGGGGGACUGGUGGGAGCAGCCAGGCCAAGCUGCCCUCUCUGAGGAGCUCUGCCAGGGCCUGUCCCUGUCCCAGUGGCGUCUGCGCUGGGUCCAGGCCCAGGGGGCCCUGCAGCAACUGUGCAGAUGAGGAAGAGGCUAACUCGGGCCAAGAAUUCCACACUUUUUCAUUCAGCACCUCUUCUUCUCCAAUAAAACAUUCAAAAGAAAGCA